AUGUCCUCCACGAUACCCCAACCGCCCGGCAUUCCCAUCCUGGGAAACCUCUUCGCUGUCAAUCCCAAUGAAACCUGGAACUCACUGAUCAAACUCGCCAAGGAAUACGGCCCAAUCGUCAAGAUCAAGGUGUUGGGAAAGCAAAUCGUCUUCAUCAGCAGUGUGGAACUACUCGAGGAAAUAUGCGAUCAGCGACGGUUCAGAAAAUGCGUCACGGGCCCUAUUGUGGAAAUGCGCCAUUGCGCGAAUGACUGCCUGUUCACCGCAUACGACAAUGAGGCGAGCUGGGGAAUUGCGCAUAGAAUCAUGAGUUCCCAUGUUACUCAGGCUGGGACAGAUGCUUGUUUCGACGACAUGGCGAAAGUUAUCCCAGACUUGACGUACAAGUGGACGUUGACAGACAAGCAGCCGGUUCUUAUUACGGAUGACCUGGAUCGUCUGCUUAUGGCCUCAGUUAUGCAAUGUUUCUUCAAUCAGCGCGUUGAGGCCCUGAGGGACCCUGAACCUGUGAUCAUUCCAGCUCUGCAGCGCAUUACGAUGGAAGCAAUGAAACGGCCCACGCGCCCGAGGCUCCUCAAUUGGCUUUGGUAUCAAAAGGGCUUUGAGAAUGAUAUCAAGACUAUGCGUGAUUUCGCGAGUGAAAUCAUCAAAAAACGGGAGGGAACGCCGGAAGAGUCUCGCAAUGAUUUGCUGGAUGCAAUUCUAAAUGGUACUGAUCCAGAGACUAGAAAGCAGCUCGCCGAUACGCAAGCUGUGGAUGAGGUUGUUACUAUGUUCAUUGGAGCCGCCACUAGCUCUAACCUCGUCUCUUACGCCCUGUACUACCUGAUGAAAAAUCCCGAUAAGCUGGCCAAAGCACGCGCGGAGAUCGACUCAAUCAUCGACUCGGAUCAGAUCCAGCUCGACAAACUCAAGGAAUUGAAGUACUGCGAAGCCAUCAUACGAGAAUCAUUGCGCUUAUGUGCCACCGCUCCAGGAUUUAACAUCGAGCCCGUUCCGAAGCAAGACAAAAGCCCUGUCAUCCUUGCAGGAGGCAAAUACGAGAUUCCACACGACCAAGUCAUGAUCGUCGUCUUGCAUGCUGUCAACCGCGACCCGGCAGUCUUCGAAAACCCUGAAGCCUUCAUUCCAGAGCGCAUGCUGGGUGAAAAGUGGGAUAAUCUCCCGAGCGCGGCAAAGAAAGGCUUUGGGAAUGGUAAACGCGAAUGCUUUGGAAAGAUGUGGGCUUUGCGCUGGUCUAUUUUUGUGCUUGCGAGUAUUUUGAAAGAUGUUUCUUUCGAGUUUCAGGACCCGGGUUACAAACUUGUUUCGAAUGGGGCUUUCAGCGUUAAGCCAUUGAGCUUUUACGGCCUUGUCAGUCCACGGACAAAGUGA